AAGAUGGAAAGCCAAAACCCAUAGAAGCACUCAAAAUCAAAAGCCUCUCCUUUCCUCAAUUCUUGAAUUUGUAAUAAGUUUUUUUUUUGGGUGUGAGAAGUUUUAGAGUAGAAAUUCCAUAAUCCCAGUCAAUCCAGUCAAACACUUUGCAAACCCAAUGACCCCCCAACAUCUAAUAUUCACUCUAAUUCUAUACUAAUAACAACAAAAAAGCCCCCAACACUAAAUUAUAAUAAACUUACCAUUACCCUCUUUCUCUUUCUCUCUCUCUCUAUAACCCCACCCCUAAAUGAUGAUGAUGGGUAAUUGGGCAUUACUUUAAUAAAAAGGGGGUUUGGAGAAAAGGAAGAUAUUGGAAGGGAGCUCACGGGAAAUUCAUGGUUUCCUAAAACCACUCCUAUAAAAGUCUCCUAAUUAAUUACUUUCUUCUUUCUCUUUUUUAUUUUUUUUUCUUUCUCUUUUUUGUUAAAUUGGGUAAUGUUUGUUUAGUGUAUCAUUAUUAUAAUUAAAAUGAAAUCAUAAAAAAUAACAACAAUUAACAAUUUUAUUAUAAAUAUUUGCUACUUCCUUUCCUUUCUGCCCAUUAAACAAUGAAAAUGGCAUAUUACCAAUCAUCCUUUCCCCUCUGUAGGAAACACUCAUCAUUGCUCCCAACAAUCCUUUUCAACCUUAGAAACCUGAGCUUCUAAGAUAUUCCCUUCUUCUUCUUCUUCUUCUUCAAAUUCUAAUUCUAAUUAUUAUUAUUAUUAUAAUUAAUAAUCUAAUGCUUUCUUCUCCAUUUAAAUACCUCUCUUCUUUAUAACCCUUUUCUUCCUUUUCCUUUUACUCUUUACUUGGUUGGUUUGGUCUCUGUUCUUUUGUUUUCUUUUCUUUUUGGAUCAUAAAUCAUAUUUGAAUGGAUCCUUCUUCUACUACAAACUCUGUGAAUGGAUUCUACUCAUUCCUGACUCGUGGAAUCGAUGAUCUGGAAAGAGUUUACCUCUCUAACAACUUCAUGUCAAUCCAAUUCCUUCAAAGAGCACUAACCCUCCUCCGAUCAUUCCAUUCCCAACUCACCCUUCUCGUUCAAAAGCUUCAUUUGCCAGUUGGUGACAAGUGGCUCGACGAGUACAUGGACGAGAGUUCUAAGCUCUGGGAAGCUUGCCAUGUUCUUAAGUCUGGGAUUUCUGGUAUGGAGAAUUACUACUCUUCUGGGUUUAACAUAACUUCCUCUCUUGAAGCUCAUCGCCAUCUCACUCCACAACUCUCUCGUCAGGUGAUCAGAGCAAUAUCUGGGUGUAGAAGAGAUGCGUUGGGAUUGGAAGAAGAGAACAGAGCGUUAAUGGAGACGAGAAUCCAACCCUUGUCGUUGAGGUUUGACGAGAAGGUUUCGAUUGAGUCCAAGUUAAAUGGGUUUAAUGGAUUCAGAGGAGUGCUUUACGCUAUGAGAAACGUUAGCUCACUACUGCUGAUGAUCUUACUUUAUGGGCUGGUUUACUGUUGGCCAGAAUCGAGUUUUCUGAGAGGCGGAGGUGGGUACGAAGGUUGCUUGUUCUUUGGAUCGGCGUUUAUGAUAUCGACGGGGAGGUUGCAACAGAGAGUGGCGGCGGAGAUCGAACAGAUCGGUGGUCGGCCGGGGAUUCUUUUGUAUGAGUUCAGGAGGUCUAAGGCUGCCAUGGAUGAGCUUAGAAGUGAGUUGGAGAGGACAGCGACGAUGACCACCACAACCACAACCACGAGUCAGGUAAUGGAGUGGGAAUCGGAAGGUGGGAUCGGAGAAAGGGUUGACAACUUGAGAGAUUGUUUUAUGGUUUUGAGAUCUGGAGCUGAGAAUAUCGUUGCCCAACUUGAUGAUUUCUUUGAUGAAAUCGUUGAAGGAAGGAAGAAGCUUCUGGACUUUUGCAGCCAUAGGUAGACGACGAAGAAGAAGAACAAAUGGAAAUGAAAUUAAAUUUUAAAUAUUAAAAAGAAAAAAAAAGAAAGAAAGAAAGAAAAAAAGAAGAGAGAUGUUUGUUACUUUGUUUAGUAGAAAUGGUAAAAAAAAGACAAAUAUUACAUAAUAGUAGUAGUAGUAGUAGUAGUAGUAGUAGUAGAUGAAAAUGAAGAAGAAACCAUAGUUGGGUUGGUUUGUUCCUUUUUUUUUUAACCCUUUUGUCUCUGUGUUCCUCUCUCUCUCUCUCUCAAUUUUCAAUUUUCUUUAUUUGGCCAA